CCUGGGCGGGGGCCGAGUCCCCACCCCCUUCCUGGCCCCCGCCCGCGCAACCUUCCCCGCCCGCGAUCCCAGGGAUCUGCGCCGCGCGGCUCCCCUCAGUAGGGCCGGGGUUCAGGCAGGGUCGCCUAUCUUGUUGGAGGCUCCAGGCAGGCUCUGUCUGGAUGCCAGGACCCCGGGGGGACAUGCUUGGAACAUGCUUGAGGCCACACCCCCUGCCCCCCUGCCUGUGUCUUGGUCCCAGGAUGCUGUGGAGUCCUGUUGAGUCCCAAGGACCAUGAAGGAGACUGAAGUAAAGAUCUCUGUGGGUACCUGGUCCUUGGCCUGCUCUGUGCCUAUCCCUGUCACAGGCUCUGCAAUGGUGUCACCUCUGCAGCCCCUCCUUCUCCUGACCCUGGGUCUGGGGCUGGCUGGAACCCUGAACCCCAAUGACCCCAACACCUGCAGCUUCUGGGAAAGCUUCACCACCACCACCAAGGAGUCGCAGUCCCGGCCCUUCAGCCUGUUCCACUCGAAGCCCUGCCAACGGCCCUGGGAGAGCCCUCACACCUGCCCCCAGCCCAUGGUGGUCUAUCGGACAGUAUACCGUCAGGUGGUGAAGGUGGACUACCGGAAGCGCCUGCAGUGCUGCCACGGCUUCUAUGAAAGUGCUGGGACAUGUGUCCCCCUCUGCAUCCAGGAAUGUGUGCACGGCCGCUGUUUGGCACCCAACCAGUGCCAGUGUGUGCCAGGCUGGAGGGGAGAUGACUGCUCCAGUGAAUGCCCUCCUGGAGUAUGGGGGCCAGAGUGUGACAGGCCCUGCAACUGUGGCAACAACAGCUCGUGUGACCCCAGAAGUGGGGUUUGUUUCUGCCCUGCUGGCCUGCAGCCCCCACACUGUCGCCAGCCCUGCCUCUCUGGCCACUAUGGCCCUGGCUGCCAGUUCAGAUGCCAGUGCCAUGGGGCACCCUGUGACCCCCAGACUGGAGCCUGCUUCUGCCCCCCCGAGAGAACUGGGCCCAGCUGUGAGGUGUCUUGCGUCCAAGACUCUGCUGGCUUCCGAUGCCCCCACACCUUUCCUUGUCACAACGGGGGUGUCUUUCAGGCCCCUGGGGGCCCUUGCAGCUGCCCACCUGGCUGGAUGGGCACCAUCUGCUCCUUGCCCUGCCCCGAGGGCUUCCACGGGCCCAACUGCUCCCAGGAAUGCCACUGUCACAAUGAUGGCGCCUGCAACCGAUUUACGGGGCAGUGUCGCUGCACUCCAGGCUUCACCGGGGACCGGUGCCGUGAGGAGUGCCCGGUGGGCCGCUUCGGGCAGGACUGCGCCGAGAUGUGCGACUGCGCCCCGGGCGCCCGCUGCUUCCCGGCCAACGGCGCGUGUUUGUGCGAGCACGGCUUCUCGGGGGACCGCUGCACCGAGCGCCUCUGCCCCGACCGCUUCUACGGCCUCAGCUGCCAGCAGCCCUGCACCUGCCACCCGGAGCACAGCGUCAGCUGCCACCCGAUGAGCGGCGAGUGCUCGUGCCGGCCCGGCUGGGCGGGUCUGCACUGCAACGAGAGCUGCCCGCGGGACACGCACGGCCCGGGCUGCCAGGAGCACUGCCUCUGCCUGCACGGCGGCACCUGCCAGCCCGACAGCGGCCUCUGCCGGUGCGCGCCCGGCUACACGGGCCCGCACUGUGCCAGCCUCUGCCCGCCCGACACCUUCGGCCCGGACUGCGCCUUGCGCUGCUCCUGCGAGAACGCCUUGGCCUGCUCGCCCAUCGACGGCGCAUGCGUCUGCAAGGAAGGUUGGCAGCAUGGCAACUGCUCCUUGCCCUGCCCAGCUGGAACAUGGGGCUUUGGGUGCAAUGCCAGCUGCCAGUGUGCCAACAAGGCGGCCUGCAGCCCCCAAACUGGAGCUUGUUCCUGCACCCCGGGGUGGCAUGGGUCUCGCUGCCAACUGCCCUGUCCAAAAGGACAGUUUGGCGAAGGCUGUGCCAGGCGCUGUGAUUGUGACCACUCUGAUGGCUGUGACCCUGUCCAUGGACACUGCCUAUGCCAGGCUGGCUGGACAGGUGCACGCUGCCAGCUGCCCUGCCCUGCCAGCUUCUGGGGGGUGAACUGUACCAAUGCUUGCACCUGCAAGAAUGGAGGCACCUGCAUGCCUGAUGCUGGCAGCUGUGUGUGUGCCCCUGGGUUCCGAGGCCCCUCCUGCCAGAGAUCCUGCCAGCCUGGCCGUUAUGGCAAACGUUGUGUACCCUGCAAAUGUGCCAACCACUCCUCCUGUCACCCCUCGGAUGGAACCUGCUAUUGCCUGCCUGGCUGGAUGGGCUCCAACUGCUCCCAGCCCUGUCCCCCAGGGUACUGGGGAGCCAGCUGUGCCCAGCCCUGUCAGUGUCGCCAUGGUGGGACCUGCCACCCCCAGGAUGGGAGCUGCUUCUGCCCCCCAGGCUGGACUGGACGCUUUUGUUCAGAAGGCUGCAUCCCUGGCAUGUUUGGUGCCAACUGCUCACAGCCAUGCCAGUGUGGUCUUGGAGAGAAGUGCCACCCUGAGACGGGGGCCUGUGCAUGUCCCCCAGGGCACAGUGGCGCCCCCUGCAGGAUUGCAGGUGGCCUGGAGCCCUUCACCAUGAUGCCCAGCCCGCCCGUGGUCUAUAGCUCUCUAGGGGCGGUGAUCAGCAUCGCAGUGCUGGGGUCCCUGCUGGUGGUCCUGGUGGCCCUGUUCAUCGGCUACCGCUAUUGGCAGAAGGGCAAGGAGCACCAGCACCUGGCAGUGGCCUAUAGUAGUGGGCAGUUGGACAGUGGCUCUGAGUACGUCAUGCCAGAUGUCCCUCUGAGCUAUAGCCACUACUAUUCCAACCCCAGCUACCACACGCUGUCACAGUGCUCACCCAGUCCCCCACCCCCCAGCAAGCUUCCCAGCAGCCUCCAAGCCACUGAGUGGGCGCACAGCCAUGACAGCCACGCCACGCUGCCUGCCGACUGGAAGCACCGCCGUGAGCCCCAUCCUGGGCUUCCAGACAGAGGCAGCAGCCACCUGGACUGGAGCUACAAUUACAGCUACAAUAGCAACAGCAGUGGCCCAAGCGUGUUCUAUGGGCCCAUCUCCGAAGAGGGCCUGAGGGCCAGUAUGAUCUCCCUGGGCAGUGAGAACCCCUAUGCCACCAUUCGAGACCAGCCCAGCCCGCUGGGAACCCUCCGGGAAAGCAGCUAUGUGGAGAUGAAGGGUCCCCCCUCCGGGUCUCUACCCAGGGACGGCCGAAGGCAGCGGCCCACCCAGAUGCAGAGAAAUAGCGGCACCUAUGAGCAGCCCACUACGCUGAGCCUUGACCAAGAUUCCUUGGGUUCCCUCCCCCCGCUGCCUCCGGGCCUGCCCCCUGGCCACUACGACUCACCGAAGAACAGUCAUAUCCCUGGACACUAUGACCUGCCCCCGGUGCGGCACCCCCCAUCACCCCCGCUGCAAUGCCAGGACCGCUGAGUACUACCCCCCACCUGACUUUGCAGCCCAGGCUGGGGCAGAGCCCUGGCAGGACAAGAGAGCCCAAACCCUGGGUGCAGAUGCAGAGGAUGAGGUCUGGACCCUGAAAAGGAGACCCCAGUGGCUAGGAGCCUGCCUUCCUUGCCCCAAGUACUCAGCCUCUGCAGCCCUCCGGGCUCUGUGUAUAUCAGCUGGUGGGGUGAAUGUCUCAGACAGAUGUGGAAAAUGUGUAUUUGGAACCUUGUCUGUGCACUCUCAGGCUGGCGUGUGUGUAUGUGUGUAUGUGUGCGUGUACGUGUGUGUGUGUGUGUGUGUGUGUAGGUAGUAUCAAGUACCAAGCACUCAUCAUUGAUUCUGCUGGCAGUCCAGUUAACUUUAGCAGCAGCUUGUUAACUGGCCUUCCUGCAUCACCUGGUACCCUCUCCAACUAGCUGCUCAAAGUACAGGAAAUUCCCUGCCUAAAGGUCUUUAGGUGGGCCAGAGUCAGGACUUUCAGAGGCGUUAGAAGCUUUGCUGGCCUGGCCCUUUUCUCUUCAGCCUCUCUCCCAUCACUGUGUUCCACCCCAAGUCCCUGAGGUUCUCCUGUUGGCCACAUUCAUUCCUGCUAUAUAUUCUUCCCAUCUAGAGUACUUUGCCUCCCCUUCCACCUGCUGCCCUCUCCUUUCCUCAUCACUGGGGUCGCGCCCAGCGCCUUGCAGAAGGUAAAUGGGGUGCAGGGCACCUGUAUGUGUGGUACCAAGUACCAAGUGUUUCUUUAUCUGGUUAUUGGAUUACUCUCUGCUUUCUCUAAACUGUAAAUCCCCUGAGGACAGAGUCCUGUGUUAUAUUCAGCACUGGCCCCCCUUGGCACACAGUAGGUUCUCAAUAAAUCUUCCUCCAAAGAUCAAGCGGCUGGAUGAAUUAAAAGUGCCAGUGGUUUGGUAUAUUGCACCAAAGUAAAGGACUUUUGGUGGGUAGGGGCUUUCAGUUCCUGGUGCACAAUGGAGGAGGACCUAAGGGGGGGAGUUGGGGUUAAAGUGUUCUGUAGAAAACUGAGAAAUUUAACAUAUGUACCAAUAAUUAUAUUUACUGUUUACUACAAACAAUUACUGUUUACUGCAAACCCCAGUAUUUUUUUUAAAGUACCAGUGUAUGGGGGGCUGGGUGAUAGCAUAAUGGUUAUGCAAACAAACUUUCAUGCCUAAGACUCUGAGGUCCUAGGUUCAGUCCCCAGCACCACCAUAAAACAGAUCUGAGCAGUG